GGUAUUGAGGAAUGAUGGCAGUUGUCAUUGUCUUUCUUGGACCUUCCACGCCUCCACGGUUCCGCCUGCUUCAACUUCAUGACCCAUGACCCCAUUAAUCAAUAAUUUAUCCAACACAGCAACCCCUCUUUUGAGAAACGACACCCCAACCUUCCUUCUCUCUCUCUCCCUCUCUCUCUAAAAUAUCUGGUAAAAGACUGGAGUAGUGUAGGAUACAGAAUCAUAGAAUCUGAUCUCAUUUAUCAUCUUCUCCAUUCAUCCUCCUGUUGCAGCCAUCUUUGUUGUCACUCCCAUCCCAUCAACAACAAAAAAACCCAAUUUUUAUUGGCCUGGCAGGUACAAUUACAAUCUCUUAACUUCAAAGUUUGCAACUUCAAAAUCCCCCAAAUCUGAAAACUUGAACCCAAACCCACAAACCCCAUCUGCCUAUCUCUCUCACACAAACUUUAAACAACAGCAAGAUCAACAAAAAUUGAAGCAGAUACAUAGUUGCCGUUGCCAUGGGAUUUGACAAGGAAGCAAGCUCAUCCUCCCUUGUCCUAAAAGUCCCUCCUUUCCCACGGGAAGACACACCACUUUUAGCCAAACCUCGCAAACUCUCUUCCCAAUCCAAGACCUUUGCCAAUGUCUUCAUCGCCAUAGUUGGCUCGGGCGUGCUUGGCCUUCCUUACACUUUCAAAAAAACCGGAUGGGUCUUCGGCUCUCUCAUGCUUUUCUCUGUAGCCCUCCUCACCUACCACUGCAUGAUGCUUUUAGUCCAAACACGUCGCAAGCUCGAGUCUACCCUCGGCUUCUCUAAGAUCAAUUCCUUUGGUGACCUUGGUUUUACAGUCUGUGGACCCCUCGGUCGUUUCUCUGUUGAUGUCAUGAUCGUUCUCGCUCAAGCUGGUUUCUGUGUCAGCUAUUUGAUUUUCAUAGCAACCACUUUAGCUUUUCUCUUCAAUUAUGAAUAUAGCAGCUGGGAUUUUGGUUUGUCACCGAAAAGUUUGUUUCUUUGGGCUUGUUUCCCUUUUCAGUUGGGGUUGAAUUCGAUUCCAACACUGACCCAUUUGGCUCCUUUGAGUAUUUUCGCUGAUGUGGUCGAUUUGGGAGCUAUGGGGGUUGUGAUGGUCGAGGACGUGAUGAUAUUUCUCCAGAACAGACCAGCCUUGGAGGCUUUUGGAGGUUUGUCUGUUUUUCUUUAUGGUGUGGGUGUGGCUGUGUAUGCAUUUGAAGGGGUAGGAAUGGUUUUGCCGUUGGAAUCAGAGGCAAAAGACAAAGACAAGUUUGGGAAAGUCUUGGGAUUGUGUAUGACUUUCAUUUCUCUAUUGUACGGUGGAUUUGGAGUUCUGGGUUACUUCGCUUUUGGUGAUGAAACCAAAGACAUUAUCACAACCAAUUUUGGUCAAGGAUUGAUUAGCAUUUUGGUUCAAUUGGGUCUUUGUGUGAACCUCUUUUUCACCAUGCCUCUGAUGAUGAACCCGGUUUAUGAAGUGGUGGAGAGGCGCUUUUGUGACUCUAGGUUCUGUUUGUGGCUAAGGUGGGUGAUGGUUUUGGUGGUGAGCUUGGUGGCUUUGUUGGUGCCUAAUUUUGCAGAUUUCUUGUCUCUUGUGGGGAGUAGCGUUUGUGUUGUUUUGGGGUUUGUGUUGCCUGCUUUGUUUCAUUUGUUAGUGUUCAAGGUAGAGAUGGGUUGGAAAGGGAUUGUUUUGGAUGGGUGCGUUCUGGUUUUGGGUGUGGUUAUUGCAGUCACCGGAACCUGGUCUUCUCUAAUGGAGAUUCUUGCACCCAAAGCCUGAUUAGCACAGAUUAAUGUGCCAAUUAUAUUUGACACUAAAUUACUAGUGUAUGAAUUUCAUUACUCUUUUAUUGUAGAUUACUAGUAUUAUUUGCAUAAUAAAAGGAUUAGUUUGUGCAAUUGCCAUAUUUUGGAAUGA